AUGUCGAAGAGAGACUUUGAGUGUGCGGAUAACCAAGAACCCGGGUUAGGAGGGAGGGCGAGGAGGGGCAGUGAUCAUGCGGCGGCUCCUCUACGGAAGUUGAAGCCUGAUGAAUAUACCGUCGGGUGGAUCUGCGCCAUAAAGGUAGAGUACGUUGCUGCGCAAGAGUUUCUUGAUGAAGAACACGAGGGGCUGGAAUAUGUGCCCCCUCAUGAUAACAAUAACUACGCAUUAGGCAGCAUCGGGAAGCACAAUGUUGUCAUCGCCACCCUUCCCCUGGGAGAAUAUGGGAUAUCGUCGGCAGCAACUGUUGCUAGGGACAUGAUGCACUCCUUUCAGAACGUUAGAAUCGGGUUGAUGGUCGGCAUUGGGGGCGGAGCUCCAAGCAAACGCCAUGACAUCCGUCUUGGUGACAUUGUAGUCAGCGCUCCAAGGAACGGCAACGGUGGGCUGCUCCAGUACGACUUUGGCAAGAAUAUUCAGGGCCAAGAUUUCUUGGCUACGGGAUUUUUGAACCAACCACCCGUUGUUCUGCGGACAGCACUGGCAGGGAUUCAGGCUCAAUACGAGAGGAAAGGCCAUCGGAUUGAAGAAGCAGUCAACAGUGUUCUUGAGAACAACAAGAGGCUACGCCGCCAGUAUAAAAAACCGGACCAAAGCAGUGACAGAUUAUAUCCCACUGGAGUCGUCCAUCCAAGCACCAAGGAAAGCUGCAUCGUUACAUGUGAUGAAUCUGAGCUGAUAACACGACCUGAAAGAGAUGAGGACGAGGAUAGCCCGGCAAUUCAUUAUGGCCUGAUAGCUUCAGCAAACCAACUGAUGAAGAACGCCUUACUUCGAGAUAAGCUUGCAGCAGAGAAGGACGUAUUAUGCUUCGAGAUGGAGGCGGCAGGACUGAUGAAUCACUUCCCUUGCUUGGUUAUCCGUGGUAUAUGUGACUACUCAGAUUCCCACAAGAACAAGGAGUGGCAAGGCUACGCAGCCAUGGUAGCAGCUGCGUAUGCAAAAGACCUUCUAUACCGGAUCGCCCCGAGUAGCAUUACAGCAGAGAAGAGGAUCAUCGAUAUUCUCUCAGAUGUUCAAGAAACGGUCAAUGGCAUGGAAAAGAAUGUCCAUAAAUUGAUCCAUAAACAAUAUAGCCAAGAACACCGAGCUAUCCUGGACUGGCUUACGCCUAUCGACUACGCUCCGCAGCACAACGAUUUCAUUAGCAGGAAACAAGAAGGAACAGGUCGGUGGUUCCUAGAAUCUAUGAAGUUCCAAGUGUGGUUGAAGACUACCGAACAGACACUCUUUUGUCCCGGCAUCCCUGGAGCUGGCAAAACCAUCAUGACAGCAAUAGUGGUCAACCAUCUAUUAGCCAAUUUUCGGAAUGACCCGCAAAUCGGUAUUGCAUACGUGUAUUGUAAUUUUCGGCAACAAGACGAGCAAACGGCCGAAAAAUUGCUCACGAGUCUGCUAAAGCAGUUAGCCCAGGGCCAAUCACCUCUGCCAAAGACUGUUAAAGACCUCUACGACAAAUACGAGAAGAGCCGGACACGGCCAUCGCUGUAUGAAAUCACGGUAACACUCCAUUCUAUAGCUGCAGCGUAUUCGAGAACCUUUAUCGUAAUCGAUGCUCUGGACGAAUGCCAAGACUUGAGUCGGCUGAGGCUCCUCGACGAAAUAUUCGACCUUCAGGGAAAGACUGGUGCAAAUAUCUUUGCGACUUCUCGGAUUAGUGACACCAUAAAAAGGCGCUUCGAUGGAUAUCCAACUGCCGAAAUCUCUGCGAACGAAAGAGAUGUGCUGGCCUACUUAGACGAGCAACUGUCACUGCGGCGCUCGGAGAUCAUUAAUGGUGACAUUCGAGACAAAAUCAGAGCUGGAGUGCUUAGAGCUGCUGAUGGAAUGUUCCUCCUUGCGACCUUUCACAUUGACACAAUCAUGAGCCAGCCUACAAGAGGAGAAAUUAAGGAGGCCUUACAAAAAUUAGGCAGGGGUGUGGAAGGGUUACAUGAAAUAUACAAGCAAGCAAUGGAGAGGAUCGAAGGCCACGCAGACGCUAUUCGGUCCCUUGCAAAACGGACCCUGAUCUGGAUUAUACACGCCAAAAGACCUCUUUCUAUCACAGAGAUACAGCAUGCGCUUGCAGUUAGGGAACAUAUGACGGCGCUCGACACCGACUACAUGCCAGAUGUGAAAGACCUAAAAUCUAUAUGUGCUGGGCUGGUGACGACCGAUGAAGAAAGUGGAAUUAUCCGGCUAGUCCACUACACAACUCAAGAAUUCUUUCAGAAGACGCAGGGAAAAUGGUUUCCUGAUGCUGAGGCUUAUAUCUCGAAAAUCUGCAUUGCAUACCUGUCAUUGAAUACUUUCAGCUUCGGCCACACGCGUGAUGAACUUGAAGAGCGUAUGGAAUCCUACCCGCUGUAUUUUUAUGCCGCAAAUAAUUGGGGACAUCAUGCUCGAGAGACUCCCACGAUAGGUCAGGAAGUCAUGAAUUUUCUAGAAUUUCCAAGGGAUUUUUGGCACAAUGGAUUCGAACCAGCUCUUACGAAAAUGACGGGGCUGCACCUGGCGGCGUGCUUUGAGAACGUCACGAACAACCAUGAGAGAGUUGUCAAGCUGCUUCUUGAAGCCGGCGUCAAUGUCAACUCAGAAAAUUUCCUCUACGCAGGCACUCCCCUGUUGCAGGCUGUAGCAAACGGAAAUGUCGUCGUCGCUAAGUUACUCCUCAAACACGGCGCGACGGUUGACCUGAAACCUAGGAAGGGUAUUACACCACUCUUUUUAGCCAUCGAGUGCGGGCACGAAGAAGUUGUGCAGCUUCUCCUUGAAAAUGGUUUUGAUAUCAACUUGAAGGAUCAACAGGGUCGGACCCCGCUCAUAUUGGCGGUGGAGAACGGGCAUGUGGCUAUUGUUCAGCUAUUGCUUCAUAGAGGAGCUGAUAUCAACUUGACGGAUAGUAACGGCGGCCGGACUCCGUUAUCAUAUGCGGCAGAGAAGGGUCACACAGCCAUUGUUCAGCUGUUGCUAGAUAAAGGUGCCAAUGUUCACUUGGAGGAUAGAUUCGGGCGGACACCGCUAUCAUACGCAGCAAUGAAGGGGCGUGAGGUUAUUAUUCGGCUACUGCUUGAUAAAGGCGCUUAUAUCGACCCAAAGGAUAUCAGCGGCCGGACACCGCUAUCAUUCGCAGCAGGGAAGGGGCAUAAGGCUAUCGUUCAGCUACUUCUUGAUGAAGGCGCUUAUAUCGACUCAGAGGAUGUCCGCGGACAGACGCCGCUAUUAUUAGCACAACGGAAAGGACGCUGGAAAGUUAUGCAGUUACUAUUAGACAGAGGUGCUGAGAGCAAAAAUCUCCCAUCUCAUGAUGUAGGCAGCAUAGCUAUUUCUUCUCGCCGUGAUUCUUUUAGGGCCUAUCUUAGAAGCAGGCCGAAAUUUAUAUAG